AUGCCUUCUUGCUCUUCAAACGCCAAAUCGAAGAAGAAGACCAAAUCGAAACCAAAACCGAGAUAUCAAAUCACCCCUCAAUCAUUUCAGAAGCUCCAUCCAGUUCAUUAUCAAAUACUCGAGGUACUCAAAGAAGAGAUUCCCGUUACUUUUAUUCAGACUUGUCGAUGUCUCUACGAUGAACUUAUUCCGAAGAUUUACGAGAGAAUCGAAAUUAAUGAGAAUACUUAUGAUGGAAUUACACAAGGUGUAUAUAUCGAUACCGAGAGUGGAUCCGAGCAAGAUGAUGAUGAUGAGGACGAGGAUGAGGACCUAGCUGACGAUCAAACAUCAUCCGGAGCUGGCACGGACAGCUCGACCUUGCCUACUCCAGGAUUAAAGAACGAAGCAUUAACCCACACCAGGUUCAUCAACUUCACUGAUGCUCAAGGUGCUAUUAGUUUCGUCAAGGAUUGCAGCUACUGCUACGACUGGUACUGCAUCCUUUGCUCGAAGGACUAUACUCUACAAGGCCAGAUUCUGUCAAAUGUCGAACAUGUUCAUCUUGAGGGAAAUUUGGUCUGCCUUCUAGCUGAGUUGAAGUUGGAAAGUCACCCUCCUUUUCGAGAAUGUUGGGAGACACAUCGGUUAGAUGAAUUCUUGGACCUCAUUUCGGAAUACAUGACACCAAGAAUAUUGUGUUUGAAUUGGCCUGAAGAUUGGUCAUCGGAAGGAUGGUCUUAUAAUCCAGAUGAUGAAGAGGAUGAAGAUGAUGAUUGGGCGAUCAAGCGAGGAAUGAGCGAGCUCUUGCUCGAUAUUAGCAGGACCUUGCAUUCCCUCAAACACAUAGUUUUAAACAUCUGUGUCGAACAGCUCCAUUUGGUUCACUUUGAUAUGGAAGAACUGACCGUCAUAUCAGAUCAUAAAUUCACUUUCUGUAUUAGUCAAAAACCGAAAACAAAGCCCGCCGAGGUCAUACAAGCCCUUUGGGAUCAUUUCAAGUCUCUGAGAGACUAUCAUUCAACUUUUGAAUACUGUUUACCUUCCUCAAAGAGCUACAGAAGGCCCAUUAGGAAACUUAGAAACAAGAUUCUUUAG